UGAAUUUCACCAGAUGCAAGAGUUUUGUUUCUUUAAGUAGCUAAAUUAAAACAUUUAAAUUGACUGCUAAAAAUUGAACUUAGAAUCUGUCGAAAACAUGAUACACAGUUUAUUUAUAAUAAAUCCAUCGGGCGACGUGUUUCUAGAGAAGCAUUGGAGAAGUGUGAUCCCUCGUUCAGUAUGUGAUUAUUAUUUGGAAGCACAGAGAGCAUCACCUAAUGAUGUACCACCGGUGUUGGCUGCUCCACAUCAUUACCUCAUAUCAAUUCAUAGAGGAGGAGUUGCACUUGUUGCUGUCUGUAAGCAGGAAGUUGCCCCACUAUUUGUUAUAGAGUUCUUGCAUAGAGUUGUUGAUACUUUUCAGGACUACUUUUCAGAUUGCACUGAGACAAUAAUUAAAGAAAAUUAUGUGGUGGUGUAUGAAUUAUUGGAUGAAAUGUUAGAUAAUGGCUUCCCACUGGCCACGGAAAGUAAUAUAUUGAAAGAAUUGAUUAAACCACCAAAUAUUUUAAGAACAAUUGCCAAUACUGUUACAGGAAAAUCAAAUGUAUCCUCUACACUUCCGUCUGGACAGCUGUCAAAUGUACCUUGGAGAAGGUCAGGUGUAAAGUAUGCUAACAAUGAAGCUUACUUUGAUGUAGUUGAAGAAGUCGAUGCAAUUAUUGACAAAAGUGGAGCUACCGUAAAUGCAGAAAUACAAGGCUAUAUUGAUUGCUGUAUAAAACUGAGCGGAAUGCCAGAUCUUACUCUCACUUUUGUAAAUCCAAGAUUGUUUGAUGAUGUUUCAUUUCAUCCGUGUGUGCGGUUUAAGCGUUGGGAGGCGGAACGUAUUUUAUCGUUCAUACCGCCCGAUGGUAACUUCCGGUUGAUGUCGUACCAUAUAGGAUCACAAAGCGUUGUGGCUAUACCUAUAUACGUACGUCAUAGCUUGACAUUGAGGUCGAAUGGGGAUCAGGGACGAUUAGACCUCACUGUUGGACCAAAGCAGACCAUGGGGAGGACGUUAGAAAAUGUUGCAUUGGAGAUUUGCAUGCCGAAGUGUGUUCUAAACUGCUGUCUAACAGCGAAUCAAGGGAAAUAUUCCUAUGACCCGGUCAGCAAGAUGCUGCUUUGGGAUAUAGGACGUAUAGAACUACCCAAACUGCCUAAUAUUAAAGGGAGCGUGUCGGUGGUAUCGGGAGCUGAUACGACGGGCGCCAGUCCGAGCAUCAACGUUCAUUUCACGAUUCCGCAAUUGGCGGUCAGCGGUCUCAGAGUGAGCCGCCUGGACAUGUACGGCGCCAAGUACAAGCCAUUCAAAGGCGUCAAGUACGUCACGAAAGCGGGCAAGUUCCACGUCAGGAUGUGAUCCGAGGUCAGAGGUCGCGAACCGUGGACACAAUGGUUCGUAAACUUGUAAACAAAAAAAAAACGAUUAACGUGUUGGCUGUACUCGAAUGGCAAUUAAAGACGAAACGCGACCCCCCCCUCUAAAUAAGCAAAAAUAAAUAUAUCGAUUAUUGCGCGUUUAUAAACAUCUUAAAUCUCUUAUCAGUAGUUUGUUUUUUGAAAUUGAAUAUGAUGUAAACUUUAUUUUUCUCGUGUUUAUAUUGAAUUUUUGUUAUUUGACGUGGUGUUGUAUUUAUAUAUCGGGCAUUAAGGUUGCUUCCAGAAACGAUAAUAAAGACUAAUGCAUUUGAAAGAAAAUAAUUUAUUCGAUGCGGUAUAUACUUAGUACGGUUGAAAUGUAAUGUAGUUAAUUUUCAAUCGACCCAUUUAAACAAGAAACAAGUAUAUUUUUAGAAUGUAUCUGUCCAAAAUAAAUUCAAAGUCUCACUGAACCAAGCCACGCCGACAGCAGGGUACAGCGGUUUUGUUUAAUUUUCCCACAUUUGUGCACUUUCACAGAUGCUAAACAGUUGAUAAAUCAUCGUAAUUACACAUUAAACCCUCAAGAAACGUUAAAUUAACAAAAUAGAAUAAUUUUAUCGGACUUCGUCCCUUGUUUCAGCCGAAAAGUUCGACUUGUUCUAUACUUUUUGUACAUGUAGGAAAAAAAGAUUAUUAUCUGUGCAAUAUUGAUUGAUCGAUAGAGUAGAUUAAAUUAUAGGUUUCAACAAAAUAGGCAAAAACACAUAACGGCUCUCUUAUCUCUCUAUUGUUUUCGAUCGAAUUGAUUUAUUUAGGUAAAAAAAAACACAUGAGAAUAUAAUGCAAUAAAGGUUAAAUUUUUAACAAGAACACAUUAAAAUAUUACAUUAAUCUAUGUUUCCUAUUUCUGUCAAAAAAGUCAAUUAGCGAGAUUAAUAGCUUCAGUUACAUAUAUAUUCAGAAUUGAAUAUCGUUUUGAAAUGCAUUUACAAUGUAAAUAUAAAAAAUAUUGAAUUAGAUUUAAGCAUGCACCUAAGUGAUUACUAUAAAUAUUCCGUGCAAAAUAGAAACAAUAUAAAUUCAAAAUUUAAACAAAAUUCAAUUUCAAUUCUAUCAAAAGGGUCCAAUGAACUUAUUUUUCAUAGUAUUCAUGGCAAAUGCGAUCACUUGAAUAAUUUUCAUCACGCACAUAUUGUUGAAACUCAUUAUUCGUUUACUUAGGUUAGUUUUAAGUUUUAUUGUAAAUAAAAUCCAGUUAUGCUAUAUUCAAUAAAUUGUAUUCAUGUUAAAAAUA